AUGACGUGGAUCUGUACGGCGUGUGAGUUUGCAGCCAAUGAGGAUGGCCAAGAGAUUUGUGUGGCUUGUGGCUCGGAGAAACCCGAGGAAGAAGAACAACAGGAAAAUGUGACAGAGGAAGCAGCAGUUGGUGAAGACGACGCGACCCCUGAGGUUGUGGUGAUUGAGCUGCCUGCUAAGGAAAAGCUCGGUGUAAAGCUCAUGCCACCAAAGGACGGUGUGAUUAAUCAUGGCUUAGCUAUUGAUAACAUUAAUAAUCCACUGCUCGAGAACAAAGUGCAGGCAGGGGAUCUGAUAGUAGCUAUUGGUGGCAAGAAUGUAGACGGCAUGGGGUUUUCGGAUGCUAUUGAUUUGAUCCGCAAAUUGCCAAGACCUUUGGCCAUUUCAUUUGAAAUUGAUGAAGUUCGACGUCAAGAAGUUGUACGAGAAAAGUUCCAACUUAAUAAGGACAAUGAUCUUGAUACGCAGCUGACAACGUAUGCUGUCGUGUUUGAUAAUGGUCCAAUGGGAUUGAAUUUGGAAGAAGCAGUGCGAUAUGGUAUUGAUGGUGCGGUAGUACGCGCGUUGAAAGGACAAGCCAAGACGAGUGGAAUGAUUACAGUCGGUGAUAUCGUGUACAAGGUGAACGAGACGGAUGUCUUGUGUAUGCCGUAUCUUGAGGUCAUGAAUGUUCUUCGUCACGCAACUGCCCCGAAGACUUUGCAGUUUGUACCUAAGGACAAACUGGCUGAUGUGCAGCGUGUAAAUUCUCGCCAUUCUGAAUCGUUCCGUCUUCGUGAGUCUACGUCGCACGUGAAGCAAAAACUCAUGAACAAUCCACGCAUCGUGAAAGAUGAUGGGAAUGACGGCGAUGACAAUCAAUCGAUUGCACAAUUGAUUCUGGAUAAUCAAGCAGCGACGAUCAAGAAGGGGCGUAUGUACAAACAGGGACGUGUGAUGCGCAACUGGAAGUCGCGAUACUUUGUGUUAAGUGUGUCGAAAGUAGAGUAUUUCAAGAGCCCGAGCUCUACAACAUCGCGCGGUGAAAUGAGCUUUUUGAACCACCGUUGCACAAUUCGCUCGCUACCGGGCACAGGCGACGUGGUGUGCCGAUCUCCAAACGUGGCAGCAGAGUUUUUGCUGGAGCUUCGUGUAGAUGACCGUCGUAUGGUGAUGGCCUGUACAUCGGAAUCAGACAAGAAGGGCUGGAUGGAUGCAGUCAAACUAGCUAUUGAUGCCUCCAAGACUGUCAACCGCACACAAAGUCCUGGGGAAUCACUGCGGGAGGCAAAGGCGUUGCGAACACAGCGCACCGAGAGUCUUUCAAUGGAUGGGACAUUUUUGGAGCGCAACGCUGGAGGACGUCUAUCACAGUUUAAUUACGAGGCUUUUUCAACACCUGUCGUCCACGUUGGUGUUCUAUCUGCGACAAAUUUGACAAAGUCUGGCAGUUCAGUGAACGCACUUUGUGAAGUCACAGUGGGCGCCGAGACUUUUAAAACCUCAGUGGUGAAGAACCAGCGUUCACCUGUGUGGAAACAAGAUAACUCGGCUUCAUUCGAGGCCCCCAGUGAGGAAACGGUGGUGGAGAUCCGUAUUUUUGACGAACACUUAUUUCGCGCGACUGAGCUUAUUGCGACGCUUUCGAUUCCUUUGAAGUCACUGCCAAAUAUGCAAAAGUCAACGAAAAAGUACCCUCUUGCACUCGGAAGCCGUUCUGCAGGAGCUGUGCUGACACUGUCGUUGGAAUACGUAAACAAACAAAAGGCUUUUGAGGAGGACCAGGAGCGUGGUCGCCUUGGUGAUGACCUGAACAGCAACGGCAUGAUGAACGAACGCGAUGAAAUGGUUAAGAUUAAGGCCGAGGCUCAGAUGGCAGCCGAUGAAGCCACACAUCAUGCUGCUCGUGCACAGGAAGAGGCACACAUGUUGCUUGAGCAAUCUCGACAGAAGGCAGAAGCAGCUAUGGCUGCAGCUCGCGAAGAACAACGUGAAGGCAAGGCGGCUGUGGAGAAGGCGAUGGCCGAAGCAGCCCGUUCAAAAGAAGAAGCAGAAAAGCAGCUUGCAGAAGCGAGACGGGCACAGGAAGAGGCUCAAAAGCUGAUUGAGGCAAACCGUCGUAUUCAAGAGUCUGAUGUUCAGGGGCCAUCGAUUUAUGCUGCGUACCGGCGUAUGAUUCAGGAUGGGGCUUCCAACGACGAUGUGAAGAAGAAAAUGCAAGAGGAUGGUGUUGAGGAGAUGGGCAUCCAGGCGUUCUUUGACGGAAUUAACGCGUACGACGAGAAAAUUCGUGCUCUGCAGGCAGAAGUUGAAAAACUUAAACGAAGCCGUUCCGUGCGGCAUAAAGAGGAGCCAAGAGCACAGGACAUGCUGGCCAACCUGGAUAUCUCAAGCGACCAAGUCAAGUUGCUUCGCCGUCUACUAAAACUCGAAAAACAGUUGCAACAGGCUGGUAUUGCUGUGGCUGCAGACAUUCCGUACGAAGAAGCUAUGGCUAAGGUGCAAGAAAUUUCUAAACGCAUGCAAGAAAUUGGUUCUGCUGAUGUGACGCACCCGGACCCCAAGAUCCAGAAGCAGCUUCGCGAAGAAUACUACCGCUUGGAGCAGGAUAUGGAGAAGUACAACACUGCCCUUAUGCUCACCGACGAGUACGCAGCAGAGGAAGCACGAAAGGAGCGCGAAUGGGAGGAGGAGAAUUACGAAGAAAACGUAAAGGCACUGAAGGCUAUCCGCCGGAUGAUGCCGGUUGACGUGAAAAAGAUGUCAGAAGCUGAUCUGCAGACAAUAAAGUCGCCAAACGGCAAGACACUUCCUCGUGAUGUUGCUCGUAAGUUUAAGCGAACAAACGUCCUGGAAUUGCUUCGUAUGGACCCCGCAGAUAUUGCAAAGAACCACCCCUCGCUUUUGGAGAAUCUUCGUGUAACGGGUCUCUCCGUGACAGAACGAAGGGCAAUGCACAUGCACUUGCGUGAUGUAGCAGUGACUUGGAAGGCUCAACAAGGCGAAGAAAUGACAAAGAAAAAGUACGAGUGGUUUAAGACUCUCAAGGAGACAUUCAAGACUGUAGUGAACUCGUACAACAAACACGUGAAACAGUACGGACCGGAGGAUAACCACCCGUAUGCUACACGUGACGACCCGGACAUCGGUUGUCCAAUGAUUGGUAAACAGUGUCCCAUAAAGGCUAACAAAAUUCCUUCAUACGACCAAGACCUCGGGUAUCCUGACGGGGAUGUUUACAUGGAGUCGUCGGUGCAGAAGGGUAACCCCGAUGAUGCUGGUGCACGAGCAUUGGCAGAAGCACAAGAAAUGGCUCGAGCGAAGCUUGCAAACUCUCGUGCAGACGCGUUGAAGAAGCACUACCGCAACGUCCGACUGGUUGCUGAAGCAAACGGCGCGUGUGAAUUGAUUGAUACAUCGAUGGAUCAAAUUGAGAACCGACAGUUGCAAUGGUUCCAGGCAAGACUUAAACGUCGCCUUGACCGAACGGAGACUGCUGCAACAAUUAAGGUAGAGUUGGCAGAGUUUGGUGAGUUGGUGAACGAGACUCGUUUGGUAAGCUUGAAAUUCGCUGAGCGAUCAGGAAUGAAUCUGUCCGGCAAGCGGAACACAGCGUUGGACUCGAAGGAUACGCGCUCGUCUAUCGAAUGUAACCUGAUCCUGCUCUACUGCGAUGCAUUGACAGACUGCUUUGAUGGUAUUAUCGAGCGCAUGGAUGAGGUGAAGGCAAGUGAUAAGCGCUUGCGUUCGGCUAUUCCUGUUAUUCGAGGCAUUAUGAAGGACCUGGCCGAUAAGAGCCGCGGCACCCUGGAUUCGCUGAAGGACAAGGGCCCUCCGAUGACCCGCCGUGUGAAAACUAGAACCGAAAUCAUGAAGGAAGCGAAGGAAAAGAACAAAAAUGCUGCAGCACCAGCCGAGAGUGAAGCGGCAGUGGAAGCCCCUGGCCCUAGUCGAGCGCAUCCGAUGAUGGCUGCACGAGGCAGAGGACGUAGUGGCCGCGGUGGUGGUCGCGAUAAUAUGUUUGCAGCGAUUAAAGGACGUGGUGGUGGCGACGAUGCUGGACCCCCAGUCGAUUUUCUGGCAUCAAUUCGCGGUCGUGGUUCGGGCAAGCCGGGCGGCCCAGGACGUGGUGAUCUAUUUUCUGCAAUCAAGGCACGUAAUGGUGAUGACGGUGGUCGUGGUGGCCGCGGUGGUGAUCUGAUGUCUGCUAUUCGUGGUCGAGGCCCACCAGGUGGACCAGGUGGUGGACGAGGUGACUUUUUGUCUGCUAUUGCCAUGCGGAAGAAGGAGUAA